AAGGUUACUUUGAUAAGCAUCAAUAUUCUAUUCAGUUUCGAUCAUUUUGAAUGAUUUCUGUUUUAUCUUCUCUCAGGACAUUCGCGAUGGCUCGAUUGAUUAUUGUGACUCUAUUUGCCGUGGCUUUGACUUCAAUCGUCAAAGCCGAAUCCGACCCAGUCGAAUAUGGACGUCCAAUGAAUUUGCAUGUACCGAACACCAAAAUUAAAAUGGUUGAUGUUGUGAUUUUCGAACCAUUCUGGGUGACAGCAACAACUGAAGUGAAUAGCGACGAAUGGUGGCAAAAAUGUUAUGGUCCAGCUGACUUAAAUGACGGAAACAAAGGCACGUUGAGCUCAAAAUUGGUGCCACAAGUUGAAUUUGACCGUCUCGCCGAUAAUGUGAAUGGAAAAUUAGCUGACUUUAUGAAGACUUACAAUAAAGAAAAGCGCCAAUGCACCUUCAACGACAUGGAUUUUGACAACCUUAAAUUUGACUUUGAGUCGUAUGCCGCAAAAUUGAGAACAAUUCGUGAAACUUUAGCAAACGUAAACCCGAAAAAUGACGAUAUAAAAAGAGUCUAUAAUCAUUGCGAAGAUAUGCUGCAGAACUUGUUAGCUAUCAAAGCUGUAGGACAACAGCAGACUAUUAUUGGUGUGAUGAAUUUAUUGAAACAAGGCGAAACGAUGGCGGGAAACAAAGGGAUACGCUUUCCAAAUAAAAUAAAAUUAAUACCAAUCCAAUAUUGAUUAAUAAAUUUUGUUAAACUUUGUUCUUAAUAAUUAUCAUUUGCAAACAACUAAUUUAGAGUCUUCGACCGUCUACACCAAAAUAAUUACAUUUUUGGAGUUACUUCUUAUUCUGAUGCAAAAAAUGUAAAUAAAUUAUCUUGACAAUUUUA